AUGUAUUCUUCUACGCUAUAUAAAGAUAAGGAAAUUUUGGCACCAAUGAUAGGUCAGAGUAGGAACUCUGCCUAUGCGUUUACUUGCAUUGCAAUUUGGGGCGGGUAUUAUUUGGUGUAUUCGCCUGAAAUAGUAGAUAAACGUAUUAUUACUUCGAUACGCAUUUUUAAUGAAUCAAAUGGUCUAGUCACUUAUCUUGACCCGCAAAGUAAAUCCACAUGUUUCCAAACACACAUCUCUGAAAAACCAAAAUUGAUCUUUCAAAUUGGCACUGCGGAUCCUGAACUUGCUCUUCAGGCAGCCUUGACUGUAAAACAAGAUGUUACUGGUAUAGAUGUGAAUUGUGGAUGCCCGAAAAAAUUCUCGAUCCAGGGGGGAAUGGGUGCUGCAUUAUUGUCAAAGCCUGAUCUAUUAAAGAAAAUCUUAACUAAUUUAGUUCAAAACAGUGGACUUCCCGUGACUUGUAAAAUAAGGAUUUUAGAAACCAAAGAAAAAACGAUUGAAUUAUGUAAAAUGAUCGAGUCUACAGGAGUAAGAGCGAUAGCUGUUCAUUGUAGACUGCGUGAUGAACGACCACGUAAUCCAGGACACUGGGAUAUCUUUAGAGAUCUCGUUGAGAACAUUUCUAUCCCAAUAAUAGCUAAUGGCGAUAUAUUUACUCGAGCAGAUAUCACACGGCUAAAAGAAAUUUCAAGCAAUUCAGUCAUGUUUGCACGAGGAGCGAAAAACAAUGUUUCGGUCUUUUGUAAAGAUGGUAAACUUUUACCAUUACGAAAAGUGGUAAUUCUAUACGUUAAAAAGGCAAUCGAGUUCAACAAUCACUUCUCGAAUACUAAAUAUACUAUAAUGCAAAUGUAUGCUGAUAACAUCAAGGAUUCAGAAUACGAUGCAGUUAUAAAGGCAAAGUCAUACGAAGCCUUUUGUAGAAUUUUUGGGAUAGAAUUAGAACAACAGCAUACCACGAAUCCGAUUUAUGAGGAUGAUAAUAAUAUUGAAGGUUGA